AUGUUACUUCAGCGUUAUACACAUAUUAACAAAUUUAAACAAAUUUUGGAAUGCAGAACUGUUUGCAAUUCAUUACAAAUUAAUGUUACACGUUCAUUCUACAAUAAUUAUGAAGCUAUCAAUCAUUUCAUACGAUAUUUACGUAAACGACAUGUUAUUGUUGGAACGGAACCAAUAAAGGACGUAAACCAACGUAAAGGAAUCGCACCGAAAAAACUAUUAUUCAAAACAGAUGUACCUAACCUCUAUGACUUUACAACAUUUAAUUUAAAACAUUGGUGGCGACAUAAAAAAGAUCAGUGGGCACAAUUGUAUGAAGAUUAUCAAUACAAACAGUAUGUUAGAUUAGGACCAGAUUUGGCAGCAGCUAAGUUUGUUAUAGAAUAUGAUGGUAAAGUAAAGUUUAAAAAUCAUAGUGAGUGGCUAGAUAAAAGUAAAGAACGUGAGAUUUCUGAAUUGCCAAAUGAAUAUGAUGCAACCUAUAUUUUAGAAGAAUUGGAUUUAAAUGGAUAUCCUCUACGAUAUAAACAUCUUCAUUUCAUUUUUGAUCUUUAUUACCUAAGAAAGCUUAGUUUUAGAGGUUGUAAUACAAUAGAUGAUUGGGCUUUGGAUAAAAUAUCUGCAGAAUAUCCUACGUUAGAACAUCUGGAUAUAUCAGAAUGUGAAAAUGUAACAGAGAGAGGUUUAGAAGCAUUAUAUAGGAUGCCCAAUUUAAAGAAACUAACUGUAACAAAUUUUUAUGGUUCUGCAGCAUUUGAUUUAACCUGUUUUAUGUUAGAAGAUGUUAAUCCAUAUUUAACAUGUGAAGUUCAACAAGUGAAAUACAAAUGUAUACCAGCAAAGUAA